AUGGAAAACGAAGAAUAUAAUGCAACAACCCUAGUAGAAAAAACAGUAGAUAACAAAGAAAAAAGCAUCGAUAAUGACGAGAAUGUGAAAACUGAAAAAAUUAAAAAAAUACACGAGGAUAAUUCAAGUUUAGAAUCAAGUCUAGAAUCUGACAGUGAUAAUUCAGAAAAAUUUGAAAAGUUACUAAAAAAUGCUAAAGUAGUUAACAUUUCGAGUUUCAAUAAAAAUGAAGCAAAUUCAGGCAAGGGAAAAUCAUUCUUUAAAAAAUUAUACAUAUAUGCAAUGCGUGUAGUGAUUAUUAUUAAAUAA